AUGAAGCUUAGAUGUCCAUUUAGAGUGAGAUCUGUUCCAAGUGGUACUGGUUGGAAGGUGAUGGUUAAAUAUGGGAUGCAUAAUCAUAGACUAGUUAAGGAUAUGUUAGGUUAUGACAUCUUGGGCCGUCUAAAAGAUGAUGAAAGAAAAUUUGUGAAUGACAUGACGAAGUACAAUAUGGCACCAAGGUACAUCGCGUCUGCUAUGAGAGACAAAGACCCAGAAAACCUCACGAGUAUUACCCAAAUAUACCGAGCUAGAUCAACAUACAGAUUGGGCAAAAGGGGUGCACUGACAGAGAUGCAAAUUUUAUUGAGCCUUAUUCACCAAGAGAAAUACAUGUGUUGGUCUAGAAAUAAGGAGAAUUCAGAUAUUGUGGCUGAUAUCUUCUGGACACACCCUGACUAUGUCAAGUUGUUGAAUAUGCUUCCUCUGGUGUUGAUUUUUUAUUGCACGUACAAGACAAACAGGUACCGACUAUCACUGCUUGAGAUUAUUGGUGUUACAUCAACUAAAUUGACGUUUUCAGCUGCUUUUGCAUAUUUGGAACACGAUAGGGAGGAGAUAUUCACAUGGGCACUAGAGAGGCUCAAGGAGUUGUUCUAUUAUGAGAAGUUGCUACCAGAUGUCAUGGUGACCGACCAGGAACUUGCAUUAAUGAAUGCCAUUGAAUCUGUGUUUCAAAAUGCGUCUCAUUUGAUGUGUACGUUUCAUAUUUUAAAAAAUGUUAGCAUGAAAUGUAAAGAGUAUGUCAAAUCAGAAAGACAAGAACAUGUCAUGGAUAAACGGAACAACAUGAUGUAUUCAAAUACAGAAGAUGAAUUUGAUGUACAUCUCAACCACUUAGAGAGUGUAUGUGGUGAUAUUCCAUCAUUUGUCAAGGUGAAUUCUGCACAUUGGAGACUAAAGAACAUGUUAACGACAAGUCGUGGUGAUUUAUGUGCAAGUUGGGAGGAUAUGAAUACAAUGUUGGGGUUGCAGCUAGGUUCCAUAAGAGUGUCGUUUAAAAAAAGUAUCGUUAAUAUUGAGCAUCAGUAUAACACUCCAUUCUAUUCUAAAUUGCACAAUUUUGUUUCAAGGCAGUGUAUACAAAUCAUUAGAAAGGAACUAGAAAGAGUCAAAUUUGUUGGUGCGAGCAAGCAGAGAUGUGGUUGCUACAUUAGAAGAACACAUGAGUUACCGUGUGCGUGUCAGCUCGGCGGUUACCAGAUUCUAUCCAUACCUAUACAUUUGGAAUUUAUUCAUGUGUUUUGGACAAAAUUGCAAAUUUCAGAAUAUAAGGUGAGUCAUGACGAGAGCAAAUGGGAUUUAGAAGAGGAGUGCGAAGAGUUGAAGCGACAAUUCAGUACUAUGGAUAUUGUGGGUCAAAGGGCAUUGAAGAAAAAAGUUUGUGAUAUUGCUUAUCCAUCCACAUCUUCAAUGUGUCCACCGCCGGUGAAAUACAAGCCAAAGAAAGGAGUUAAGAAGAGUAGAAAAAGGGAAGAAAGUGAUGUUCAUCGUGAUCCAAGUCAGUGGGAAUAUGCUGAUGCUUCGCAGGAAAGUCAGACUACAAAGAGAUCAUGCACACAACCUAGUGGGAGUCAAUCGUCAGCCAUACCGAUUGGUAAGCAACCUUCUACUAAAUCUGCAAAAGGGAAGUACUUGUCUCAGUUUCCUUCUUUCUUUCAUCCAUUUAUCAAUGUAAUUGUUGAUGUUGAAUAG